AUGAAUAUGGUGUUGGAAGACGCGGAAGAAAAGGAAGUUACAAAUCCUGAUGUGAAAAUGUGGAUAGAUGACCUAAAAGAUGUUGCCUAUACUGCAGAAGACAUAUUGGAUGAGAUUGCUACUGAAGCCCUCCGACGCCAGUUGCUUGUUGAAUUCAAACGUGUUGCAGAGUCCAACACUUUUGGUACGGGUGAGGAUAAGAAAAAAGUAGUUGACUUAUUGCUCUCGUCUGAUGCGGGGGGGAAUGAAAUGUGCGUGAUUGCCAUCGUUGGCAUGGGGGGAAUCGGCAAGACUACCCUUGCUCAACUUGUAUACAAUGAAAGUAGGGUGAAACAACAUUUCGACCUUAAAAUAUGGUUUUGUGUUUCAGAAGAAUUUGUUAUGCCCAAUGUAGAGAAAUCUAUUAUAGAGGCAGCAACUUCGUUACCUUGUCCUAAAUUUGAGAAUCCAGAGCAGCUUCAAGUUACACUAAAGAAGAAUUUGAGUGGGAAGAAAUUUCUCCUUGUUUUGGAUGAUGUUUGGAGUGAGAAACCCAUUCAUCAGGAGUUCCUAAGCCAACUCUUGCACCAUGGUUCUCGAGGAAGUAAGAUCCUUGUCACCACAAGGAAUGAAAGCGUUGCAUUGGCCAUGAAGGCAAUUGCAACUCAUCAUCUAAAGCUAUUAUCCAAGGAUGAUUGUUGGUCACUUUUUGAAAAACACGCAUUUCGUGAUGGUAGCUCCAACGCAGAUCCAGAGAUAAAAGAAAUAGGUACAAAAAUUGUGAAAAACUGCAAAGGUCUACCUUUAGCAAUCAAAGCCAUUGGCGAUCUCUUGUGGUCUGAAUCAAGUGUCGAGAGAUGGACGAAUAUAUUGAAGAGCAAUUUAUGGGAUCUUUCCAUGGAGGGGACAAACAUUCUUCCGGCUUUGAGAUCAUCCGAGGAUGCUUUCGAUGCAAGCUUGAAGGAUAAGGCUUACCUCGAGAAUUUGGUGUUAGAAUGGUGUCCUCCAGAAGAAGUACUUGGUAUUACGGAAAGUCAAAGAGGUGUACUUGAAAAUCUGCAGCCCCAUAGAAACUUGAAAAGUCUCACCAUCAACUACUACGGCGCGCGGGAGAGGUUGAACUUAAGUAAUUGCAAAUAUUGGUGUGCCUUGCCACCUGUUGGGCAGCUAUCUUCUCUGAAUGAACUCGUUAUUGACGGGUUGGAUGGAGUUGUUACAGUGGGACCGGAGUUUUAUGGAAAUAAUUCUUCUACAAUGAAGCCAUUUGGUAUGUUGAAGUCUCUAAGGUUGAAGAAUAUGCGGAAUUGGAAGAAAUGGUUUCCUUUUGGUGAUGAAAAUGAAGGUGGAUCUUUUCCUCGACUUGAAAAGUUAUAUAUUGUGACGUGCCCCAAGCUGAGAGGAAGGUUGCCUGUACAUCUUCAUUCGUUAGCCAAACUUGAGAUCAGUGGUUGUCAACGUCUUGAGGGUUCGCUCCUCAUAGACUCUUUCUCCGUACUUACCCAUAUAAAAAUACUUGGAUGCGGUAAGUUAGAAUCUCUUACACUUGCAGAACAAUAUGAGCAUGAUGGAAUAACAAACUUCAAUAUAAGUUGUCUUCGAGAAUUAAUAAUCAGUGGGUGUUCCUCGCUCAUGUCCAUUCCCAUGGUAGUUUUAAUCUCAACAUUGAAAACACUUGAGAUCGACAAUUGUAAGAAGUUGGAGCUCCCCAUGCACUGA